AACAUAUGCGGUAGUAGGAAGUGGUGAAUGAGGAAAGAACACGCCAGUGCGCGGGCGGUUAAAGGGGACUGCUGGACAAUAUUUUAUCCGCCACAAUAAACCGUCUUUUAAAGCACAACUCCAUACUUCAUCGCUUGAGUCAAAUCUCAUGUUUCCUUGAUGUAAACAGAAGGAUGUCACCGGAUGAAUUAGUCUAUCUAGGAAUCCUUGCUGCAACAAUACCUGUGGGAUUCCUCUUCCGCUACCUAAGUCCUCCAGUCAAGCAGGGGGCAGCGUUGCUUUUAGGUUUGAUCAUUUCUAUCGCAACCUGUGGGAUCCACACCCUUCACUCACUAUGCACAGUGUUAGGAACAUGGAUAAUUAUCAAAAUCAACUGGAGAAGUGCUCCUGCUCUGUCUUUGGCCUGGACGUUUCUAUAUCUUCUCUUUUUCCGUUUGGUCACCUGGUUUGGCCUUCCUCAGCCCACACCCUUUGCCAAUGCCAUUCAGCUUCUUUUGACAUUAAAGAUGGUCAGUUUAGCCAAUGAGGUUCAAAGUUAUCACUUGGAGAGGAAAAAGGAAGUGAGCACCUUCACCAAGUCUCCAGUAGUGGCAGGGCUUUCCCAUGAGCCUUCACUCUAUGAUAUUAUAUCAUACAGCUACUGCUAUGUGGGCAUAAUGACAGGUCCCUUUUUCCGGUAUCAGACAUAUGCAGACUGGUUGCAGCAGUCAAGUCCACUGUCUCUGCCGGGGAAAGAGCCGUGUCUGCAGAGGCUGAAGAUGGUUCCUGUUUAUGGACUUCUAUUUAUUGCCGUCAACUCUGUCUUUCCUUUGUCGUAUGUGCGUACUGAAGAUUUCCUGGAGCACAACUACUUUUACAGGUUUUUCUACAUGGUGGCAAUCUUCUUUGUAUUCCGGAUGCGUUUCUACUCUGCGUGGUGUGGAGCAGAAGCAGGCUGCAUCAGUGCAGGACUAGGCUGUUACCCACAGGGGGCGUUGUCCAAACCAGGAGGAGGACCAACAGUGAAAUAUAGCCCUGAUCCUGAAACAGCAGUCGAGUAUGACUUUAAAACGAUCCAGAACAUUGACUGCUAUAACACUGAUUUCUGCGUGAAGGUCCGGCAUGGUAUGCGCUACUGGAAUAUGACAGUACAAUGGUGGCUUCACCACUACUUCUACCCAAACGCCCCAUUCAGAGCUUAUGCCCUCAGGGCUGGGUGGACGAUGUUAAUCAGCGCUUACUGGCAUGGCCUUCAUGCUGGUUACUACCUCUCGUUUCUCACCAUCCCACUGUGCAUCGCAGCCGAAACGGCAAUGGAAGCAUCAGUCAGAGCCCGUCUGGGACCAGCAGGCCAGAAUAUUUUCGACUGGAUCCACUGGUUCCUCAAGAUGAGGGCUUAUGAUUACAUGUGCAUGGGCUUUGUGCUCCUGAAGGCCAGCGACACUAUCAGCUAUUGGAGCUCCAUUUACUUCGUAAUUCACAUCAUCGCCAUUGUUUGUAUUGCAGUAGGACAGUUUAUGAAAGGAGGGAGAAAGAGAGAGAAGAGAGAACGAGGUGAAGGAGAGAAAGAGGAUGCGGUCAGAGAGAAGGCUGAGUGAAGCAAACAUGUGAUGUGAUUAUGCUGAUUACUGGAGAGGUGGUAUGUUUACACACAAACAACAAAAACAUUUUCCAACAUGCACUGUAAUAGCCAUGAACUGCCAUUUAAAUGUAUUGUGUUAACAAAACAAAAAACAGCAACAGUUGUGUGUAUUGGACCCAGGGACGUCAGUCUUUGUUUUAUUAACGGUUUCUGUCAUUUUCAGAAUUCUGAUGGUAGCGUUUAUUUUGUUAUUACACACUGUUUUGUCAGCAGUUCAACAUUAUAUAUUCAUCUAUAACUAGUCAGUAUUGUUUAAAUUAUAUUAUUAUUGCUCUAAGAUGCUUUAAACAAUUGGAAAAGGGUUUGUAUUGUAUUUCAGUAGUAAUUUUGUUUGUGUUGAUCAGUGACCCUGGGACUCCAUUUCAUCUCCCACACACAGUACUUAUAACCGAAUCCAUCCGUUUACAAAAAACCUGAUGAAUGUUAGAUUCAUAUCACUACCUAGAGCACAAAUUAGUAGAGAUUUCCUCUUUGUGUAAUUUUGUUAUUGAGGCAAAACAGUUUUUAUUAGAAAAAGGGGUUUAUUUAAGCUGAUCUGCCUUGUUUUUCAUCAAUUCUAAAUGGUGGAUUGAGGAUCCAUUGAUGGUUAUGUGUCAUAUAUCAAUAUUGUUACUAUUAUUAUACAAAGAAUGUGAAUAGAGCUCAUUUUUAUAUAAAGUAAGUGAAUGUCUUUGCAUUUUUUUCUUCAUUAAUUCUUUUUUUCAUACCACAUGGUGUACUGGAACUAACAUUUUGAAGCCAAAACUUAGCAAAUUAAAGUCUAAAUAAGGAUAAAAGA